CGCAUAGCGGGAACUUAGUACACCGGCCUGCCUUUUAUUUUUCCAGGAGUAUUGACAAUACUUCUAAAGUCACAGUUUAUGAAGUAAUGUUCAUAAUUCUGAUUGUUCAUUAGUUACUUGGUAAUGUUUUAAGCUUUCAAAUGUGUAUUUCAACUGAUUGCAGUUUUUCUGAUCUAUAUAUCAAUCUCUCUUCAGUUGUAUAAAUUCCCGUGUCAACUAUAGCAGUUGCUGAGUAAAUAGUUGGAAAAUCAGGCUGCAGUUGAGUGAUGGCAGAAGAGAAUGCUAUCGAAACAGGCAUCGAUAACAGGGAAACGAGAGUCUUAGAAUCCUCAGAAGGUUCUAAUUUUACACGAGAAUCGGACAAGACUAAAAAGCAGAAAGAGGCUGCUGCUGCUGCUGCUGCUGCUGAAGAAGUUCCAUACUAUAAGCUGUUCGCCUUUGCGGACACCACAGAUCAUGCAUUGAUGGUUAUCGGUAUGAUCACAGCUGUUGGUAGUGGAAUCUGUUUUCCCCUGAUGGCUGUUCUGUUUGGGGAGUUAGUUGAUUCAUUUGGAAUGACCGUGGAUAACGGAAAAAUUGUUGAUAAAGUUUCUAAGGUAGCCCUUAAAUUCAUGUAUCUGGCUUUCGGUUCAGGUCUUGCUACAUUUACGCAGGUGGCUUGCUGGACGGUCACAGGCGAAAGGCAGGCUGCUCGGAUUAGAUACUUAUAUCUGAGAACAGUACUAAGACAAGAUAUUGGAUUUUUUGAUCAGAAGGCUAACACUGGUGUGAUUAUUGAAAGCUUGUGUAGUGAUACUCUUACUAUACAAGACGCCAUCGGCCAAAAGGUUGGCAAAUUUAUUCAGGUAACAGCUACAUUCUUUGGAGGAUUUGUAAUAGCUUUUAUUAAGGGGUGGCGUCUAUCGUUGGUCUUGUUAUCUUCAGUUCCUCCACUUGUCAUCUCUUCUGCUGUCCUGACAAUCCUUCUGGCAAAACUAGCAUCCCGCGCACAGACUCAUUAUUCAGAAGCUGCAACUGUGGUUGAACAGACAAUAAGCUCAAUUAAAACUGUUGCAUCGUACACGGGAGAGAGAAGAGCUAUUUCUGAAUAUCAAAAUUCUCUAAACAAAGCUUAUCAUUCUGGUGUACAAGAGGGUUUGGCUUCAGGGCUCGGGUUCGGUGUUUUUAUGUUUGUGUUCUAUACAAGUUAUGCUUUAGCUAUAUGGUAUGGUGCAAAAAUGAUUCUGGACCACAACUACACUGGAGGAGAUGUAAUGAAUGUCAUUAUGGCAACGCUAACUGGCUCCUUUUCUUUAGGAUAUGCAUCUCCAUGCUUGCGUGCAUUUGCUGCUGGAAAGGCUGCAGCAUUUAAAAUGUUUGAGACGAUAAACAGGAAGCCGGCUAUAGAUCCUUAUGAUAUGAAUGGCCAGAAACUUCAUGACAUUAGUGGUGACAUUGAACUUAAGGACAUUUAUUUCUGUUAUCCAGCAAGACCAAAGGAGAGCAUAUUUGACGGUUUUUCUCUGUCGAUACCAAAGGGAACGACAACAGCUCUAGUAGGGCGAAGUGGAAGUGGAAAAUCGACAGUGAUAAGUUUAAUAGUGAGGUUCUAUGAUCCACAGGCUGGUGAAGUUCUGAUUGACGGUAUAAAUAUCAAAGAAUUUCAGCUUAGGUGGAUCAGGGGGAAAAUCGGGCUUGUUAGCCAAGAACCUGUGCUGUUUGGUUCAACAAUAAAGGAUAAUAUCGCCUAUGGGAAGGACGAUGCAACUCUUGCAGAAAUUAAAGCUGCUGUUCAACUUGCCAAUGCUUCUAAGUUCAUUGAUAAUUUACCUCAGGGACUAGACACCAGAGUGGGCGAUCACGGAAGUCAGCUGUCGGGAGGCCAAAAGCAAAGAAUUGCCAUUGCAAGAGCAAUACUGAAGGAUCCCAAAAUUCUACUUUUGGAUGAAGCUACAAGUGCUCUUGAUACAGAAUCUGAGAGGAUUGUUCAAGAGACAUUGGACAGUGUCAUGAUUAACCGAACUACAGUAAUUGUUGCGCAUCGCUUGAGUACAGUAAAGAAUGCAGAUACAAUAGCUGUAAUCCAAGAGGGAAAGAUCGUUGAAAAAGGUUCCCACAUGGAAAUGCUGCAAAAUAGGGAAGGAGCAUAUGUUCAGCUUAUACAGUUGCAAGAGCUUAGCAAAUAUUCAGGAGAACAAGAUUCAAAUGAACUGGACAAGGAAGAGAUAAUCCUAACUCCUGAAAAGAAAUCAAAUAAGCAGAAUAUCCUAACACGAUCAGUAAGUAGAGGCUCGUUCAGGAUCGAGAAUAGCAGCCAUCAUUCGUCGUCCAUUUCAGUUAGUGCAGCAGAGAAAGAAGUUGGUGAAUGUCAUGAUCUUAAUUCAACAACAGCUGUACUGAGGAAGGAUAAAGACAACACACUUUGUCGCUUGGCAUUUAUGAACAAACCAGAGAUUCCAGAAUUAUUACUUGGUUGUAUAGCUGCAGUGGUUAAUGCUAUAAUAUUACCUAUUUUUGGGGUACUUCUUUCUAAUGUUAUCAAGACUUUCUAUGAACCAGCUCAUGAAGUCAGAGAACAUUCAAGAUUUUGGUCAUUGAUAUUUAUCGGUCUAGGAUUGGCUUCUUUACUAGCAACACCCUUGAGGACAUUCUUUUUUGCUGUAGCAGGAUGUAAGUUAAUCAAGCGGAUUCGCUUAAUGUGCUUCGAGAAAGUAGUUUACAUGGAGAUAAGUUGGUUCGACAGAAAGGAGAACUCGAUUGGUGCAAUUAGCACCCGACUAUCUACAGAUGCUGCAUCUGUGCGAGGUAUGGUUGGAGAGUCACUUGCUUUGGUUGUGCAGAAUACAUCGACAGCUAUAGCUGGUUUAGUUAUUGGACUUGAAGCAAGCUGGCAAUUGGCACUCAUAAUGAUAGUUAUGUUGCCUCUAAUUGGAUUAAAUGGAUAUCUUCACAUGAAAUAUGUCAGUGGUUUUGCCGCUGAUGCUAAGAAAUUAUACGAGGAUGCAAGUCAAGUUGCUAGUGAAGCAGUUGGAAGUAUCAGAACAGUGGCUUCUUUCUCUGCUGAAGAGAAAGUGGUGCAAUUAUACAAAAGAAAAUGUGAAGAACCAGUUAGAGCUGGAAUAAAAGAAGGGUUAUUGAGUGGUGCAGGCUUUGGUUUUUCAAUGUUCUGCUUGUAUUCUGUCUAUGCUGCCAGUUUUUAUGCUGGUGCUCGAUUGAUCGAGUCCGGUAAGGUCACAUUUGCUGAGGUUUUUCGGGUUUUCUAUGGUCUUAGCUUGACAGCUACCGCGAUUUCUCAAUCAGGUGGCCUCGCUCCUGACUCCACCAAAGCCAAAAGUGGUGCAUCUUCUAUAUUUGCACUUAUUGACCGGCAAUCCAAGAUAGACUCAAGCGAUAACUCAGGAAUGACAUUAGAAAAUGUGAAAGGACAUAUUGAGUUUCGACAUGUCAGUUUCAAUUAUCCAAGUAGACCUGAGGCUCAAGUUCUAAAAGAUCUAUGCCUAGUCAUUAGCUCUGGUGAGACGGUCGCUCUAGUGGGAGAAAGUGGAAGCGGAAAAUCUACGGUGAUUUCUUUGUUGCAAAGAUUUUAUGAUCCUGAUUCAGGACUAAUCACAUUAGAUGGAGUAGAAAUUCAAAAGGUGAAGGUGAAAUGGUUGAGACAACAAAUGGGACUGGUAAGUCAGGAGCCUAUGUUGUUCAAUGACACAAUCAGAGCUAACAUAGCAUAUGGAAAGGAAGGUGAUGCCACUGAAGCUGAAAUAUUAGCUGCUGCUGAGUUAGCUAAUGCUCAUAACUUCAUCAGUGGCUUACAACAGGGCUAUGACACACUAGUUGGUGAAAGGGGCAUACAACUAUCUGGUGGACAGAAGCAGAGAGUUGCAAUUGCAAGAGCAAUAGUGAAGUGUCCAAAGAUACUACUACUAGAUGAGGCUACAAGUGCACUUGACUCUGAGUCUGAGAAAGUAGUUCAAGAUGCACUUGAUAGAGUAAGGGAAGGCAGAACUACAGUUGUAGUGGCUCAUAGACUAUCUACAAUUAAAGGAGCUGAUGUUAUUGCAGUAAUCAAAGAUGGAGUCAUUGUUGAAAAAGGAAAUCAUGAAACUUUGGUUAAUAGAGAAGAUGGUAUUUAUGCUUCUCUAGUAUCAAAGUCUACUAGAACUAUGAAGUAGUACAUGUUUUUUAUGUAAUAAUGGUGUCUAGUCGUUUCUUGAGCCGAUGGUCUACUGAAAACAACCUUUCAUUCACAAGGUAGGGUAAGGUCUACGUACACACUAUCCUCCCCAGACCCCACUUAUGGAAAUUUACUGAGUAUAUUGUUGUUGUCAUUGAAUGGUGUCUAGUCUAGUUUAUGCAUACAUCGACUAUUCCAACGAAGCAGUACAUAUUAAGGUACUAGGAAAUGUAAUGUUGGACAAGGGAACUGCAAUUUCUAAUCUCUAUCUUGUAUUCUCUCCUUUGUUGAGCAUAUUGUGCUAUUAUUAA